AUGUCGAGCAUCCUUACAAAUGAUUUGAUGGUGUGCGUUCUUGCCAGAACUGAACGAUCAUCGCGCCAUGCACCACCGGUUUCGAAUAAGAAUAAUGGAAAUAAAGCAGAAUUCAAUGUUAAAUUCAUACCGCGUAUGACUUCGGGUUCGAAUCCUUCAACNCUCUCGGGUGACAGUGUUCGUGACCAAAUUAUUGUGAAAAGUCAGAAAUGUGGCUUAUUGACAAUCAAGCUUCAUAUUCAAAAGUUUCCUAGUUCUGUUUGCAAAACUGAAAGUUGCAAAGAAACUUAUACAGCCCAUAUAAAAAGAUCUAUCGAAAUGUGUUUUAGUUUCGCUUUAAGAGUCACUCUACAAAUAGCGAACGGUGAUUAUCGUUUAGUUCCGAUUCAGUUCUGCUACUUUCUCAAUUCGAGCACUACUACUACAACAAUCAGCAUUACAAGGGAACCAGCGACUAGUACAAUCCCGACAACGGCAGUGCCAUACAAUUCAGCAAAUAAAUGCCUUUGUACCAUUGACCUCAAUGGUACAAAUUCAACAAAUGGAACUGAACAUUUCUUGAUCACAUUCGGAUAUGGUUUUGACCAGUAUUCUAACAAAACCCCGGCUGAUUUCGGCUUCACAACAGGACACAUACAAAUGUUUUCAGGAACACCAAGUGAUGGUUAUUUUGUUAUUGCCAAUGCUCUUCCUGAAACUUUUUAUUGGCUUGUCGUAAAGAAAGAUCAUGCAGCUGAUGAAAACGGUGGAUAUAUGUAUGUUGUGAAUGCAUUAACAUAUCCUGGACUGUAUUUUAACAAAACGAUCGAUAACUUAACGGUCGGCAAAAUCUAUGAAUUUUCGAUGUAUGCAGCCAAUUUAAACAAGCCAGAGCGGUCUGUUCUGCCGAACAUACUGUUUGAAGUUCGAACUGUGACACCAGACAAUAAUUUGAUCACUCAAAGAAAUUCUAGUGAUAUACCUGAAUACGCCAAUAUCACUUGGAGCAAAAAUGAAAUAUCAUUCGUUGCGCCAAGUACUUCUGUCAUGCUAUUAAUUAUAUCGAAUUGUCAUAGCAACGCCAGAAACGACCUAGUCAUCGAUGACAUUGGUUUAUGUGAAUGUUAA